UGCUACAACCAUUAGAGGUCUCUGACUGAUAUACUAAAGACAGAAGAGAUGGACAGAAGGAGGAUUGUGGGGAGGGGAGGAGUUAAGAGAAGCAGAUAUAUAGUGCCAUGCUUCCUGUUUGUAGAGCUGGUGAUCAUGGCUGGAACGGUUCUCCUGGCAUACUACUUUGAGUAUACGGACACGUUCCCGGUGCACGUUCAAGGAUUCUUCUGCUUCGAUAAAGCCUUCUCCAAGCCACAUCCAGGACCUGAAGAUGACAGCAAAGCUCCUCCGGUGCUGGUGUAUUCGCUGGUCACCGCCAUCCCCACCGUCACCAUUCUGCUGGGGGAGCUUGCAUCCUUCUUAACUAAACCUGAGGCCACGCAGGAGAAGACAAUUGUUACGGCUGACUGCUGCUAUUUCAACCCGCUGCUGAGACGCAUAGUCCGCUUCCUUGGUGUGUAUUCCUUUGGCCUCUUUACCACCACCAUCUUUGCCAAUGCAGGGCAGGUAGUGACAGGAAACCAGACACCUCAUUUCUUGUCUACAUGCCGCCCAAACUACACAGCACUGGGCUGCCAUUCACCGCUGCAGUACAUCACAGAGCAGCGAGCGUGCACCGGAAACCCUUACCUCAUCACCUCCGCCCGCAAAUCUUUCCCCUCCAAGGACGCAGCGCUGAGUAUGUACUCAGCUGUCUAUACAGUGAUGUAUAUAACUCUGGUAUGGAGGACUAAAGGCACAAGGCUGACCAAACCCACUCUCUGUCUGACUUUCCUCUCAUUGGCUGUUCUGGUGGGCAUCAUGCGUGUAGCUGAGUACCGCAACCACUGGUCUGAUGUUCUAGCUGGAUAUCUCACCGGAGGAGCCAUCGCCGCUUUUCUGGUCACAUGUGUGAUCAAUAACUUCCAGCAGACCCAGCCUCAGCUGCCACCCUUACCGCCCCCUGUGCACCCUCCACGCCCGGAGCCCUCGCUCAACAUGCCCAUGGUGGCCAUGCCCUGCGUAGAGAGUCCACUCGAAAAGUUCCAGGGGUUUUGUACACAGGCAUCACAUGACCAUCAGCCAUACCUGGCCCCCACCCCUCCCGAUGUCCUCAUCCACUCACGUCGCUGCAUCUCCAGCGCAGUCUAGACAUGCCUUCAGAAUAUUCUACCUGCGCUCGCCCUAGACCCUCUCUCACAAGAUCAUACUCCACUCAGGUCUAGAGGCUCCCCGUACUCACCUCUACUGCCCCCUACUGGCUGACAGAGACAAUGACAGCAAUAGCCACUCAUUUGGAAUUGGGAUUAUUUUGUAAUGACUGCGUUUCAUAUUUGUCUGAAUUAUCUGUCUCUCAUCUGUUGGGUGGGUAUUUUUUAUUUUAUUUUUAUUAAAGGAAAGUGUUCCAACUGAUAAUAAUCUUCCAUCUUUGUAAAUUUGCAGUGCAUUUCCAUUAUGAAUGCCAGACAUUGACAUAUAAACAUUCUGUGUACAUUAUAAAAGGAUUUUCUCAUCUAACAGCCAUACAGAAACUGAAUAUCAACUGUGAAAUUUAAGAUUUAAAUUAACAUCUACUGACAUUUAAGAGUGAACGAAAGAAAAUCAAUUCUAUUUUUGGAAAUAUAGAUUGGUAGGAUGUAGCAAACUACUAGUAAGCAUAUUUGAAAAAGAUUAUUAGCACUAUUUUUAUGGCUAAGUAUUUGAGUUAAGUAUCCAUGGAGCAAAAUAUUAUUCAGAAAUAGGGUUAUAGAGAAUCAAAACUAUGGCUGUACAGAGACAGUUUUCAAGACUAUAAUAUAUUUAAGAAAAUCUUCGCACCUGUUAGGUGGGAUGUAAAGAAGACAAAUAUGUACAGGAUGUAGCAAAUGUUUUAUAUCUUACAUUGUGUAAAAUGUGAAUGUUUUCCCUUGGAAUUUUCCUAGAA